AUGUCAUCUCUAGACCCCAACACAGCAUAUCCAUCAACAGAGAAAGGCCACACAGAGGAAGGACUCCGUCCAUCUCACGAUAGCUCAACGGGCCUACUCAGAUCCGGACCACGACCACUAGAGCCCAGGAUCCACCAAGCCUCUGUCUCGCAAGAUCAACCAUAUGUAGCACGCCUCGAGUUCGAACCUCAGGAUGACCGUGAACCACCACCUCCCCGGCACCCUUCGAGGCAGAUGAUGCGAUAUGGCCCACCACCAGGAAGCGAGUACGGCUGGGACGACCGUGAGGACAGACGGCAAUGGCAGGGAAGAGCAUCAUACGACUACGGUGCUUCAUCUCGACCACAGCAAGAUGACUACUACGCCGACGACCGCGAUCGCGGGUAUGGAAGUCGUCCCUACAGACGUGCUCCUUCGGUCCGUGAGCCGCCGCCUUCUGCUCGUGGACCAGCUCCUACUGCUGCUGCCAUGAGGCAGAAACAGAAGAACAGGCGCUCAAUACUUUGGGAGGACUCUGGCGACGAGGAGGAGAGCGAUGAUGAGACUGUAGCUCGACGACGGCGGAAGCGAGAAAGUCGUGAAGGCUCACCACCGAUGGAUCUGCGGCUGCCGUUCUUGAAAUGGAUGAAUGGGAGUGUCAAAGGACACUUCGUCGCUACCCUAGGCGAGUUCGUCGGAACUACUAUGUUCCUCUUCUUCGCCUUCGCCGGAACACAAGUCGCCAAUGCUGGCGCGCAAACCGAAAGCAACACCACCACCAAUCAGUCCACCGGCUUUAGUCCCAUCGUGCUGCUGUAUAUCGGUAUCGCUUUUGGUUUCAGCUUAAUGGUCAAUGUCUGGAUCUUCUUCCGCAUAAGUGGUGGCCUCUUCAACCCUGCUGUGACCUUGGCAAUGGUGAUGGUCCACGCCAUCGACUUCGUCCGCGCCUUCCUGCUCCUCACAGCUCAACUCUGCGGCGCCAUCUUCAGCUCCUAUAUCGUCAAAGUGCUCUUUCCCACUAACUUCAACGUGCGGACUACACUCUCCACAGACACUUCGCUAGUGGCGGGAGUCUUCAUCGAAGCGAUCCUGACGGCAGAGUUGGUGUUCACCAUCUUCAUGUUGGCGAAGGAGAAGCAUAAGGCUACCUUUAUGGCGCCGAUCGGGAUCGGAAUGGCAUUGUUUGUGGCUGAGCUGGUUGGGGUUUACUAUACUGGUGGGGUCGGACCAGCAGCAGGUGCAAUCGCGGCAGUAGGAUUCUACAAGUUCAUCAAGAUGUUGGAAUACGAGAUUGCCAAUCCGGGUCAGGAUGAGAUCUCGGAGAAGAGGGCUGCUGAGGCUGCUGCGUCACCUAAGAAGGAGACUGUCUAG